UAGGAAGGACAAGCGGGGACGGAACAAACUCAAUCGAACCGAAGCUGAAACCCUACGGGAUCGCAAUAAAGCGGAGCAGAGAGAGGGGGAAGCAGGCAACUAAUACACCCGAUUUCCCCCUGAAAUCCUCUCCGCCGACCUCCCAUGGAGAGCGACGGCGGAACCUAGUUUAGCUCAGCCGCCAACCCAACCUCACCGCGGCCCGCUGCCGAGCUGAGGGCCCCAGGCCGCCGAUCUCGUGGAGAUCGUAGCGCAAAGCUGCCGCGACCCAACCCUCUGCUCCUCGCGGCUCUUCGGCCAGCAUCGCGACAGGUAUCCAGCAAUGGCGACCUCCUCUCUUGCUCCGCCUGAGGUGCCCAUGGAGCUGCAUGCGGGCAACCGUGACCGCCUCUUAACCGCACUUCGCGCCCACCUCUCCACCACCGCUAGCCCUCCCCGUGGCCUCGCCCUCCUCCAGGGCGGUGAGGAGCAGACACGACACUGCACUGAUCAUCUCGAGCUGUUUAGGCAGGAGAGCUACUUUGCUUAUCUCUUCGGAGUGCGUGAGCCAGGGUUCUAUGGCGCUAUAGACAUCGCCUCUGGACAAUCGAUUUUGUUUGCUCCAAGGUUGCCACCUGACUAUGCUGUCUGGAUGGGUGAAAUAAAACCACUCCCUUAUUUUAAGGAUAGGUACAAGGUCGAUUUGGUCUUCUAUGUCGAUGAGAUUGUGCAGGUUCUGCAAGAUCGAUUCAGUCAGCAUGGAAAGCCUGUGUUGUUUCUCUUGUAUGGAAAGAGUACUGACAGCGGAAAUUACUCAAAGCCUGCUAGUUUUGAAGGGAUAGAGAAGUUUGACACCGAUUUGGGUACACUCCACCCUAUCUUAACUGAAUGCCGUGUUAUCAAAUCUGAAAUGGAGCUUGCCCUCAUUCAAUAUGCCAAUGAUGUUAGCUCAGAAGCACACAUUGAG